UUAUGGGGUGCCGUUUGUGUCAAAAUGCUAAUUUUAUCCACUUAUGCAGAAGUACACUGACUUAUACACAAGUGCACAGACUUAUACGCAAGUGCACCGACUUAUACGCAAGUGCACAGACUUAUACACAAGUGCACCGACUUAUACACAAGUGCACAGACUUAUACAUAUAACCUGACUUGUACAAGUACUUUGACUUAUGCACAAGUAUGCUGACUUAUGCACAAGUGCACUGACUUAUGCACAAGUGCACCGACUUAUGCACAAGUCAGGAGCGUAGCCAGGAUUUCUUGGAAGAGGGGGCAAAACCUAUCAGUCGCGCGCAGCGCCGAAAUUUUGACCGGAAGCCACGCCUCUUAAUUAUGACAUCAUAAUUGACUUCUCUAUUUAGUUGGGUACCGGUGUCAUAAAAUUUUAGGCCCCCCCCGGGCCUAGAAUUUUAACAUUUUAGGCCCCCUCUUAAAAUUUUAGGCCCCCCAUUAACAGCACAACAGCGGUAACAUUAUGUGACAGUGCAUUCUCAAAAUACACCAAUACAGUCUUCUAUGGUCUUCACAGUCUAUGCAGUGCCAGUUACUGAAUGCAGCUCUCCUCACACACACAUUUCAUGCAUGUACAGUAGUAUACCACUGGUCUCACAGCCAUCACACUGCACCAUGUCAUUCUAUGAAUCAGGCCUCAUGCAGCACGAAGCACAUAGGUGCCAACUGUCCCGAAUUGGUCAGGACUGUCCAAGAUUACCCUUGUCCCGAAAGGAAACUGCUAUUGUGAUUCCACCAUGAUACAACAGUUUCUCUCUUGACUUCUAUCUGUGAUUCCACAUUACUUGAGAGCUGAGCCAGUGAUGCUAUUGGGGCAUCCCCACAACAAUUUACAUCUUCUAUGUAUAGGAAAACAUGGAGGAAGAUAUGAAUUGUUGUCUUUGCACUGAAAUUGUGUGUUUUAUACUUUUUUGUCCUGAAAUUUGGCUGAGAAAGUAAGCACAAAGUUGCAAAUAUGGUGAUAGCUAUGCAACAACAUCGAUUGUCUUACAGGCAGUCCAACAUUGCAGAGCUGCAUCAAAGCAUUUAACUCUUAUAGGUAAAGCAUGAGUAACUUGAAAGGUAAAUCUUCCUUCACUUUGAAUUCCAUGAUAGAAUAAUAAUGCAAACAUUUUUGCUACUUUGAUACAGAGUCUUUGCAUGCAUGCAGUCUCUUUGAUGCUUUGUCAACUAAUAGAGCUAACCUUACCAUAUUAUUAUAUCUCUUUGACUUUGUUCUAUCGUGCAGAAAAGGAUCUAGAAUGUUAACAGUUUGGACCCCCUGGGGGGCCUAAACUGUUAACAUUCUAGACCCGGGGGGCACAAAAUUUUUAAAUUGUAGGCCCGGGGGGGGCCUAAACAUGGGGGGGCCCAAAAUUUUAUGACACCGGGUGUGGCCUGAUGUUUAGUUUAGCAAAGAACAAGAACAGUCUAUAGAUUUAGACCAGAAUAGCUCACAGUUUAGGGACUAAAUCGUUUUGCUUGCCUACUAGCUAGCUAACUCAAGGGGUUACUACUCUACUUUCACAGCACUCCUUCUAUAAUUAUAAUGCUUGAGGUCAACAAGCUGCUUUUGGAAAUAUCCAAUUUUGAGCCUAGUAAAUCAAUCCCUUGAGAUAUACUGCAAUCUGAUUGGAGCUGGUGGAAUUGUUGGAAUUCCAACAACAGAAUAAAACUGUGGAUAGGCUUGAUUCCCGACCUCCUUCCGGGCAACGGUAGAGGGCGGCGGCGCCCGACUAGUGCCUAAUUGGCCAUUUUAAUUAGAUUCUUAUGAGCGCACGUGAUAAAACCUGACGGUGGAUGACGCGCGUCCAGCCUCCUCUGAAUAGAGACACCUAGACUGGGGGCGACAGCCGCCCGAGCUCGCGCACGCGAGCGGCUGUCGCCGCCAGUCUAAGAGACACCCAUCAAUUAAUGCUGGAAUUCAAAUAUAGACUAUCAAACUCAUGGAGCGGGAGAGGAAGACUCUGCUUGGCCUGGAGGAAGGAAGGAGACCGCCACCGCCAGCAGCAGAUGGAGGGUCCCCGUCAGCACCCCCUGGAGGAGCAAUAGCCCCGCCCCCAUACCCCGGCCGAGGAGGAUAUGGGGGCGUGGUCUCCCAACAUCCAUUUAUGCCACCUUCUUAUAACAUUGCUAACCAGAUUGAUGUGAAGCCACCUAACUACAUGGUCUUCAACACUUUCGUUGCAGUCUGUUGUUGUCUCUUGUUUGGAUCAGUGGGUCUCUACUUGGGAUCGCAAAUUGAAAAACAUUGGAAGCAAGGCAACAGAGAGUUAGCUUAUUAUCGCUCUAAGAACGCCAAGAGAUGGGGCAUUGGAGGGAUAAGUUGUGGAGUCGUCAUUUAUAUCAUUAUACUGAUUUAUAUUGCCAUUUUCUCUGUCAUCAUAAAAACUGUCACCUAUUAGAGAAUUUAAAUUUAUGAUUUCACAGUAUAGGUUCGUUAAACUUUGUAUACAUAUCUUCGUUAC